CCUUCAAAGGGAGUUGCGAGGGUGAGUUGUGAGGAAAAGUAUCUAGAAGCAAAACGACAUCCUCAUCAUCAAAACAGCGUCGUAUCCCCUGUUUCCACUUCUGCAUCAAACCGAAGAGCAAAGCUACUAGAAGAAAUUCCCAGAAGUAAUACAAGAAAAAGAAGCGAAGUCCUACUGAAAUCCUGAAGUGGGAGAUAACACUCAGCCAUGGAGUUGGCAUCAACAUCUGCAUCUCUGGGAACUUAUAUCGUCUUCCCGAAGCCACAACUCUCUUUCACUUCAAGAACCCUCUACCCAUCUUUAUUUUCCGUCAGAAAUUCAUUCUCAAAGUCACUAUAUUUGGCUUCAAAAUCCCAGGUCAGACUACACGAGUUUUUUCAUGCAGCCGCUGUUGGCAAUACAUCUAGAGUACCAUAUGAUUCUGUGGAAGAGCAUAUGACAACUGCUAAACACUCUGGCCUUAAAGCUAGUAAUGGGAUUACCACAAGCAAAGAAGAAGAGACUGACAAGAAGGAUGCUGCAAAAAGUUUGGAUGAUCAAAAAAUGACCAGAGUUUGUGACAAGCUGAUUGAAGUUUUCAUGGUUGACAAGCCCACUCCAACUGACUGGCGAAGGCUACUAGCUUUUAGCAGAGAAUGGGACAGUAUCCGACCUCAUUUCUAUCAGCGAUGUCAGGAUAGAGCUGACACUGAAAAUGAUCCUGGCAUGAAGCACAAGCUACUCAGACUUGCGAGAAAGCUCAAAGAGGUUGAUGAAGAUGUUCAAAGGCAUGAGGAACUACUCAAAGUGAUCAGAAAAUCACCAUCUGAGAUCAGUGAAAUAGUUGCAAAGCGUCGUAAAGAUUUUACACAGGAAUUCUUCGUUCAUCUUCAUGCUGUGGCGGAAUCUUAUUAUGACAAUCCGACUGAACAAAAUGCUGUGGCUAAGCUUGGGAAUAUGUGCUUGGCUGCUGUGCAAACUUAUGAUACUGCUACAGAAAGUAUAGAGGCUCUAAAUGCUGCAGAGCUGAAAUUUCAAGAUAUAAUCAAUUCUCCCUCAGUAGAUGCUGCUUGCAGGAAGAUUGAUAGUUUGGCUGAGAAAAAUCAACUUGAUUCUGCUUUGGUUCUGAUGAUCACAAAAGCUUGGUCCGCUGCAAAAGAAUCAACCAUGACAAAAGAUGAGGUGAAAGAUGUACUGUAUCAUUUGUAUAUGACAGCACGGGGCAAUCUUCAGAGGCUUGUGCCGAAAGAAAUCAGGAUACUGAAGUAUCUUCUUACAAUUGAAGAUCCUGAGGAGCGCAUGAGUGCUUUAAAAGAUGCUUUUACUCCGGGAGAAGAACUUGAAGGAAAGGAUGUUGACUGCCUUUAUACGACACCAGAGCAGCUCCACACCUGGAUUAGGACUGUGGUAGAUGCAUAUCAUUUCAGCAGAGAAGGCACGCUUAUAAGGGAAGCUAGAGACCUGAUGAGCCCAAAAAUAAUCCAAAAGCUAGAAGAGUUGAAGAAGCUAGUCCAGGACAAAUUCUUGUAAGAAUCACUCGCUUAUAAAGAGUUGUCUCUAUGGUUUGAAUGGGGAUCAAUAUGUCUAAUAGGAGCUUUGAGAUCUAUGAGAAUGAGAGCCAAGAUGUCAAUCCUUUGUUAUGUUACCGACCUGCUUAGUCAACUAUCAGUGGUCCGUCCACAACUUAAGAAAUGUGGCCGCGAUGGUCAAUGAUACCACUUCUCCAUGAAGUUGGGCAUAGCUUCAUGUUUUUGACUGCAGCUUAUGAACCUCAUUUGCAUGAUACAGUCAGGAUGGCAUUUUGCUUCAGCUAUUUCGGGUUUCAAAGCAAGAAGCAGGAUUAUGUCUGAAAGGUGGUACUUCGUAUGCUCUUUCUGCAGUUGUAUACAAAUUAUAUGUAGAAUAGCUCCAAUUUUUCCAUGUUUGAACGUUGUUUAUAGAGUCAAUAGAUCGCAUAGGCAUCAUUUGCUCCAAAAUAUACAGUUGACGGCUCCUUCCCUUUGGCUGUCCUACGUUUUUUUCUGCCAUCUUUAAUAGCAGAAUAAUACGGGCUUGCGUUCAUAUCUUCUGAGAAA